AGCGCUUAGCAAUAAAAUCCCAGCUUAAUCAUUCAUCUGCUUCGAGCUUGUGGUCAAGCAACUGUUGCUGCGCAGCAAUGGCAGGCAAGGCCUCGGUCGCGCUGUUCCUGGCCGUCAACCUGGUCGUGUUCGCCGUGGCCAGUGCCACCAGCGCCAACUGCCCCCCGCCGCCGUCGUCCCCGUCGACGCCGACCCCGACGCCGGCGUCGAGAGGCAAGUGCCCCCGCGACGCGCUGAAGCUGGGCGUGUGCGCCAACGUGCUGGGCCUCAUCAAGGCCAAGGUCGGCGUGCCGCCCACGGAGCCCUGCUGCCCGCUGCUUGAAGGGCUCGUCGACCUUGAGGCCGCCUUGUGCCUCUGCACCGCCAUCAAGGGCAACAUCCUCGGCAUCAACCUGAACCUGCCCAUCGAUCUCAGCCUCAUCCUCAACCACUGCGGCAAGAGCGUGCCCACUGGAUUCAAGUGCCUCUAAGUUACUGAUCGAUGAAUGAGCCGACCAUGCCAGCAUUCUUUUGCUUAUUAUCUGUUCGUUUAGUGCAGGCUUAUCGGUUACUAUGUACGCAUGUAACCGGUUUGGCCAGCUUUCGCUUUUCGAUGAUUAAUGUGCAAGUCCUUGCAUGGACUAGUCCCUAAACUACUUGGAUUAUUCUUUUGUAUUCGGCAAUCCACCUGUUAUAUGAAUAAAUUUUGUUUCUUUAGUUUGUUA